GGAUUGAAAGAAGGGAGGUCUGGUCAUAAAGUAUAGCUCGUCUCUAUCUGCGGCAGACAACGUGAGCGUUGUGGCACAGCGGGCACGGCGCUUCUACUUCAAACAGGCUGAACAACAGCGACGACCAUGAAGCUCUUGGUGUUAUUGGUAUUGUUGCAGUCGACGCUCGUCGUUACAGCAGCCGGGCCUCUCUACACCCAGGAUCACAUGACGUGUUAUCACAGAGUCGUGCAGAGCCUGAGUGGUGCCUACAACACUGAAAUGAUUCCCUAUGCCGAGAGGGUUGUCAGCAUCCAGGUCGCCGAGAACGGCCACUACUCCGCCACCGACUGCAUCCUCGACUACACCUACGGCUUUUAUCGCAACUACGUGUGGGUCAGCCACGGCUGCCAGGCCAACUUCCUCGUGUGCUACAUAAGAGGGCGGAAUAUCCUGCUGAUCUGUGAGAGCGAGGUAGGACAACGGCAUCUGUGUCACACUCACCGUCCCAUCCGCUACCUGGAGUUUGUCAAGCGACUCACUGACUCAUCUAACUGUGAGGAGGGGGAAACGUUCGGCUUCCAUGGAGAAUACAUCUGGGUAGCCAAUGGAUGUAAAGCAGCGUUCAGAAUCACCACGCCUAUUGGUGGUGACGCCCCCAAGUUUCCCUUCGUGUAGAUGACCUGCCACACUGCUCUAUAUAUACAUACCUAAUAAGUUGAAGACACGAUCUAACUGAAUGUAAUUAAAUAUAAACAUAAGGAACGACUAAAGGAAGUGUAUCAUGUGUCACCCAAAGGGACACUGAAACACUGUAAAGGUUGGUAACAAUAAACGCGGCAGAGAAAGCAAA